GCAUGAGAAUAGGAAGACUUUCCCGCAUCCUUCCCAAGGGAUGGAGAGGAAAGGAGAGCAGAGACUCUAGCUCUGUCCUACCCUAUCAAUAAAGAUGCUGAGACUGGCAAAAUGACCACUGUCACAUUCCUCCUACCCUCCGAGAAUCCUAGGACCCACAGUAUUGAGGAAGGCUUUCAUGGAGCCGGCUGGUGGAUCUCCACUCCAGAUUUUCCAGCUGUCCCUGUCCCCCCCCACCGCUCAGAGAGCAGGAUGCUGAGAUGGCUCGGUGAUGCAGAAGUGGAGGCUCAGAUGUCCGCUGCAUCUCUGCCCAGUCUGACCCACACAGCCUUUUUUGAAUCCUUUGCUUCAUAAUGAGAUAAUUGAUACAUUGCGACCAAGACGCCAGCUCACGGGUUCUGGAAUCACUAUGGUUCUCAUCCGUUUUCCCUCUGGGAACACAAAAAGGCAGACUGACUCUUAUGCAAAGGAGGAAAUGUCCAGCUGUCCUCUAAGAGGUGAAAUGUAAUCAUUACUCUCUGUCUCAGUGGAAUAAACCUCACAGCAACACACUAAUUACCAGUGGUAACCGACCUUCACAAAACAGGCAAGACGAAACCCUGAACAUGGACGGGGAGGUACUAGACCUCAAAGGGAAGAGAAGGAAAAGAGUCUCAAACAUGAAACCAGGCUAAUGCUGGCAAUCGAAUCUUGAAGACAGAACGGCCAUCUGAGUGGAAGGAAAUUGCAUUUGAGUCACUGCUUUUUGGAGUGAAGCCACCAGACCAGGAAUGGUUACAUCUGACUGAUCGCAUCUUCCAAUGAAUAAUAAAAAUCAACAAAAAAGCAAAGAAAAUAGAGGGAUCAUGACAAUUUUAUUAUCAUUUUUUUUUCCUUCUUCAUUUGACUGCAUGGGAGUAGCUCAAGAGCCUGGCAGAAGUCCAGGACAGAUGUUCGAAGGUCCUUGGCUGAAACUUGUGUGCUGGAUAGAAAACAGGUUUAAACACUAAAGACUGUAAGUUUUAAUGGCAUGAGUUUUAAAUUGAGAGCCAAGAGGAGAGCUUUCUCAAUACUUCACUUCCAUGAAAUUAGUUUCGUUUUCAUUUCUUACUCUCCAGUUGGCAGAAUGCCCUUGAAAUGUGGACUUUGUUAACAGAGCACCCUGCAGUCAUUACCUGGUUGAAGAAAAUUGGCAGAGGGAGCUGAGAGAGUUGUUUCUACCUCAGUCCAAGCUGUGGGGCUGGAACCCAGAUUGAGAUGCUUGGAUAGGAGGGAAAAUAGAGCCCUAGAGCUGAAGGAAAGGUAAAGGAAGUUAAAUAUCCAAAAUAAAUAAGCAAGCAAAAACCUAGAAAACAGCAAUAAAAGCAUUAGGUGCUUACAAAAGUAGACUGAAUGGAUAUCUGAGAUCUCAUAAUUUUCCCAUUUCUAGAGGUUGUGUGCACAGGUACACUGACAAGAUGAUCCAUUGAGCUUGUACAGUGGCCACCGUGUGUUAUUGGAGAAGUGGUAUUGGGAAAGACUAUGGCUUCUUAACGACAAAAUGGCUCCACACUCAUUUAGGUUAAGUGACCCAGCUGGCUUGAGGACUCCCUCAGUAGUUUCUAGAGGCAAUACAGAACCUCAGUUGUCUUGCAUAAUCCUUUAUCUUUCCACAGACAGAGUCCUGGCUCCAUGAUGUAAUGGAUUCUAAUUGAGAAUCUUGGAUUUGAGUCUUGACUUUGCAACUUAACUAUCUCUAAAGACUUUGGCGUUAUUGCACAUUCUCUGAACAAUAAAAAAGCAGUUGGCAAAAGAAGGAACAAAGGGUCUGGAUUCAACAAUUUGAGUUCACACCGUCUUAUUGCCAUUCACUAGCUGUGGGGCCUCAGGCUGACCCCAAAGUUGGGAGAUGGAGAGCAAAUACAGAGAAAUGCUGUUACUGAGGGGCCUGGAUAACAUCACUGAUGAGGAACUGGAUAGGUUCAAGUUCUUUAUUCCAGAUGAAUUCACGAUUGCCAAGAGCAAACUGCAGACUGCAAACAGGACAGAGUUAGCCAACUUGCUGAUUCAAAAUGCCGGUGUGGUGCCUGCGGUGACUAAGACCAUACGUAUCUUCCAGAGGCUGAAUUAUAUGCACGUGGCAAAAAGUCUUCAGGACGAGAAGGCAAGAGUUGAUGAUAAGUAUAUGGGAAAUAAAAAGACCAAAGAAGCAAGUCUGACAAAAAGGAAAAGUCUAACGGAAGUGGGUUCUGUGGCCUCCGCAGUCAGCGGCAAUGAUGCCGGCCAGCACCGGGUGGCACCAGCAGUCUCUCCUCCUGGGAAGCCUAAGCAGAAGCAGGUGACGGCCCAGCAGGAAUCCGUCCGAGAAGAAGGGUUGCAGAAAGACCGCCUCAUAGUCCUGGUGCUGAAAGCAAUGAAGCCCUUCCAGUUUGAGACUCAAGAUGGAAGAAAGCAAGAGAUGUUUCAUGCUACUGUGGCCACGGAGAAGGAAUUCUUUCUUGUCAAAGUUUUUAAUAUGCAGCUAAAAGAUAAAUUUGCUCCAAAGAGAACAAUCAUCAUAUCAAAAUAUUGUUGGCACAGUGGUGUUCUGGAGGUGAAUAGUGCCUCCCUGAUAGUUGAUGCUAAGUCUGAUCAAGAGAUUAAUGUACCACCGUAUAUUAUCAGGAAAGCUGGGGAAACACCAAAGAUAAAUAAGCUGCAGACUCAGCCCCUCGGGACAAUAGUGAACGGGCUGUUUGUAAUACAGAAGAAAACAGAAAAAAGGGAUCAUGUACUGUUUGACGUCAGUGACAACACGGGGAGCAUGGAAGUAUUGGUGUUCAAAAAACAGAACCAAGUAGACUGCGAGGAAGGAGAUAAGCUUAGACUUACCUUCUUCGAACUGUCAAAAAGUGGAGAAAAGUUACAGCUGAAAUCUGGAGUUCACAGCUUCAUUACGGUUGUUAAGGCCAAAAAGUAAAAUAAAUAAAUAAAUAAACAAAAAGGAUCAAUUGAACUCAGUUCGUCUAAGCAACAUUUAAUUGAAGAAUCCCUGAUGUACACUCUUCGACCAGAUUGUGAGCUACCUGGAGGCACCAGUUCACAGGCUCCUUCCCACAUCAAAUUAGUGAAGAUGUGACGAUCGCUGGAUAAACAACCCCAAAAUAUCAACAUAUCAUCGUAAUAAAAGUUAUUUCCUGGUUUGGUUUGGGGAAGGGAUAGGAUUCUGCUAUGUAUAUAUAUGUAUACUCAAGGAUAUUGCUGUUGUUCAAUAAAUAUCUGCUGAAUGAAUAAAAUUA